AAUAAAGAAUAUUAUAGAGCUACAAGGAGAGGAAAGAUUAUAAAGGUUGUUAGGGAGGUAUACUUGAGAGAUGAUAUCGCAUGUGGACAUUCAAUGUGUACAGCUUGUGAAGAGUUGAACAAGACACUUUAUAAGACAAUUGACGAACAGGAGAGAGCUGCCGCAGCAAAUGCGGAGUUGACUGCACAGAAUGUAUUGGUGUUGGAUACCAAUGUAGUACUGCAUCAGAUCGACUUGUUGGAGGACCCUGCCAUCACCAACGUCGUCGUGUUGACCACCGUGUUGGACGAGGUCAAGAAUCAGAACUUUGCCAUUCACAACCGACUGCGAGAGAUCAUCAAGAACCACGCUCGUCACUUCUACGUCUACUCCAACGAGCAUUCACGUCACACCGCCAUUGAAAGAGAGUCUGGCGAGACUCCAAAUGAUCGAAAUGACAGAGCGAUAAGAGUUGCAACUGAAUGGUAUAGAGCACAUUUGUCAAAGUACAAGGUCAAGGUUAAUCUGGUGACUAAUGACAAGGACAAUCUGAAGAAGGCAAAGGCAUUGGGAUUGGAUGGAAUGACUAUACAGGACCUGGUUAUGCAGAUGAGUGAGGAGCAUCCAUCACUCGUUGAUAAGUUGUCGGCACCAGACGAUGAUGAACACACAGACUCAACAGACUCGAAGCGUUUCCAAUUCCCCGAGCACAAGAGUGUCACGGUGAUCACUGAUCUUCUCAAGAAGGGCGAGCUGCAUCAGGGUAUAUUGCGCACCGAUCAAUCAAACUACCUCGAGGCGAGAAUUAGGAGCGAUCAGUUGGACAAGGAGAUUCUGAUCAAGGGCUUGGAGGCGAUCAACAGAGCGGUCGAUGGCGAUGUCGUGGCUGUGGAGCUCCUGCCGCGCGAUCAAUGGACCGCACCAUCAGGUGUCGUGCUGAUGGACACAGAGGCGCUAGAGGAGGAUGACGAUUCAAUCGCCAAGGACGCCAGGAUGGUCGAAACACAUCAGCCAACAGGCCGCGUCGUUGGCAUCAUCAAGAGAAACUGGAAGCCAUAUUGUGGCGCUGUAGAGUUCAAGGGCGACGCCAAGGCGACCACGGGCGCAGUGCAACUACUCUUUGUUCCAAUCGAUCGUAGGAUACCAAGGAUCAGGAUCAGAAGCAGACAGGUCGGCAGCAUCGUGGGUAAGAGGAUUGUCGUCGCUAUUGACUCGUGGGAGCGCCACUCCAAGUACCCCACGGGCCAUUUCGUCAAGGACCUCGGCCCUUUGGGCGACAAGGAGACCGAAAGCCAGGUAUUGCUGUUGCAGUUUGAUAUCCCACAUCAUCCAUUUGGUGCGUCCGUCAUGAAGUGUCUGCCGCCCGCCAACUGCAUGGACAACAUCACACCAGUCGACAUGAUCGGUCGUCGUGACCUGCGCUCGGAAUGCGUGUUCAGUGUCGACCCUCCCGGCUGCACAGAUAUCGAUGAUGCUCUGCAUUGCAAGAAGUUGCCUGACGGUAACUACGAAGUCGGAGUGCACAUUGCUGAUGUGUCACACUUUGUCCGCGAGGGCACAUCCAUUGACGAGGAGGCAGCGCACCGUGGCACGACCGUCUACCUUGUGGACCGCCGUAUAGACAUGCUUCCCGGUGAGCUGUCUGGAAACCUCUGCUCACUGAUGUCCAACGUGGACCGCUACUCAUUCUCAUGCAUUUGGAAAUUGGACGAGGCUGGCAAUGUCCUGGACGUGGAGUACACCAAGAGUUUGAUCCGCUCAGUGGCCUCACUGACGUACGAGCAGGCUCAGAUCAAGAUUGAUGACGCCACCCAGCAGGACCAGGUGUCCACCAAUCUGCGCAUGCUUCUCCGUCUGUCCAAGGUGCUCAAGACUCGCCGUUUCGAAGCUGGUGCUCUUUACCUCGCUUCACCACAGGUCAAGUUCAAGACUGAAGAGCUGGGCGGAGACCCCUCCGAUGUUGAGCUCUACCAGAUGCGCGAGACCAACUCAAUGAUUGAAGAGUUCAUGUUGCUGGCCAACAUCUGGGUGGCCAAGAAGAUUCACAAACAUUUCCCCGGCUGCGCACUGCUGCGUCGCCAUCCCACGCCCAAGGCCUCCAGCUUUGAGCUGCUCAGCAAGCUGAUCGAGCAAAAGGGCUUCACAUUCAAUGCUGAGACAUCCAAGCUGCUGUCUGCCUCGUUGGACGCAUGCGUCAUUGAGGAGGACCCAUACUUCAACACAUUGUGCCGUAUCAUGACCACACGUUGCAUGUCACCCGCCGUCUACUUUAGCUCUGGAUCACUGCCAUACGAGGACUUUAGACAUUAUGGUCUGGCCUCUGACAUCUACACACACUUCACAUCGCCAAUCCGUCGUUAUCCAGACGUGAUUGUCCAUCGUCUGUUGGCUUCGGCCAUCGGAGUCCAAUCAGUGUCACUCAACAUGGAGAACAAGACCGUUAGCAAUCUGUGCGAAGGCUUCAACUUUAGACACAGGAUGGCGCAGUAUGCUGGCCGUGGCUCGACCAACCUGCACACAUUGAUCUUCUUCAAGGGCAGAAAAACUGUGGAGAAGGCGUACAUCAUUCGUGUCAAGGCCAAUGCAUUCGUGGUAUUGGUGCCACGUUAUGGAUUCGAAGGCACAGUCUACGUUGCUGAGCCCAAUGCACCAUCAUCGUUCACCUAUGACUGUGUCAAUCAAACAUUAUCCAACGACACACUCACAUUCCGUGUGUUUGAUCCAGUCACCGUUGAGAUAUUCGUAGAUGACAGCAAAGCACACGAUCAGAAGCUCAAGAUCAUAUGUAUAAAUCCAUCGAUACCAUCAGUUACAUCAUCAUCAUCCAAGUCAGCCAACAUCACAACAUUUGAGGAAAGUAUUCAAGAUGUCAAGUCAAUCACUGCGAACAACAAUAUUAAGAAGAAGUCAAGAGAUGAACCGAAUGAUCGUAAUAAUACAAAG